ACUUGGAGAUGUGUAUUCGUGCAUCAAAUGUGAAAAGAUGUUCAGUACGCCACAUGGACUCGAGGUCCACUCACGACGCUCUCACAAUGGCAAGAGGCCAUUUGCUUGUGAAUACUGUAACAAAACCUUCGGUCACGAAAUCAGCCUCACGCAGCACAGAGCCGUGCACAACGCAGAGAAAGUGUUUGAGUGCAAGCAGUGUGGCAAGUGCUUCAAGCGGUCGUCCACUUUAUCUACGCACCUCCUGAUUCACUCUGACACGCGACCAUAUCCCUGCCAAUACUGCGGGAAGCGAUUCCACCAAAAGUCUGAUAUGAAGAAGCACACCUACAUCCACACAG